UGGAGCUCCCCCGCCAUGUCGGGGCAUGUGUGUGUUGACCCCGAAUUGUUACGAAUAUGAUGAGUAUUGUGUGAAUUUGUGGCUGCAUUUUUUUUUCUUUUUGGACAGUUGGCUAGAAUCAGAUCUAGCCUUUGAUAUUCCUUGUAAACAUACAUCUUGUUUCGAAAUUUCGAAAUUUCUCGCUCGCCAGAGGAGAAACCUUGACCCUGAACCUUGCUUGGGCUUUAGCACGCCCGGUCAGAAUACACACCAAGCCAUCACUCACGAGGGGCCCUGUAUUCUUUCCCCACACCAAGGACUGCUGCCACCUGCCAAGCUCUCAUCAACCCGAAUUAAACAACAAAAAAAAAUGCCUCCAACAAACCUCCUCGCAGGCAAGACGGCCAUCAUCACCGGCGGCACAACAGGCAUCGGCCGCUCCAUCGCCCUCGAGUUCCUCCGGCAGGGCUGCAGCGUCGCCGUGAACCACCUGGGGCUGGAGAGCGACCGCGCACACCUCGAGUCCCUCGUCGCCGAGGCCGAGGCCAUCUCGUCCUCCUCCGCCACGGCCGGGCGCCUAACGCACCUGCCGGGCGACGUGCGCGAGCCCGCGACCGGCACGGCGCUGGUGUCGCACGCGCUGACGGCCUUGAGCUCGUCGCGGCUCGACAUAUGCGUCAGCAACGCGGGCAUCUGCACGUUUGCCGAGUUCCUGGACCUGGACGCGGCGCUGUACGACAAGACGGCGCGCACCAACCUCGACGGGUGCUUCUACGUGGUGCAGGCGGCGGCGCGGCAGAUGGCGAGGGGCCAGACGCCGCCGGGAGGGUCCAUCAUCGGCGUCUCGUCCAUCUCGGCCCUCGUCGGCGGCGGGCUGCAGACCCACUACACGCCCACCAAGGCCGGCGUGCUGUCGCUGAUGCAGUCCACCGCCGUCGCGCUGGGCAGGUACGGCAUCAGGUGCAACUCCCUGCUGCCGGGCACCGUGCGGACGCAGCUCAACGAGGAGGACCUGCGCGACGACAAGAAGAGGGAGUACAUGGAGGGCAGGAUACCGCUCGGGAGGACCGGGGAGCCAAAGGACCUGGCGGGCCCGGCGGUGUUUUUGGCUUGUGAAGAGCUCAGUGGCUACGUCACGGGCGCGCAGCUGCUUGUCGAUGGAGGGUUGUUUGUGAAUCUUCAAUGAUGAUGGUAUUUGGGUAUUGAGGAUACUGGGUUUUCUGGUUUGUAUUGGAUCGGGCUACUUGGGCGUAUUUAUAACAUAGCAGAUGGACUUUGCAUAUAAUUGAAGCAUAUCACCCGAUAUCGAUGGGGGUUCUUGGUCAAAAGCAGGACUAGACAUUUAGGCAAGCUUAACAAAAUAACAAACCAACAGACAGGUUACAAGAUAAGCAUCUUUUGACAUAAAGGUCAAGACUCGCUGUUUGGAAACAAAAGCCACACAGGUACAUCCCAACUAAUAAACGACAUUCCGCCCAUCGGCUCACGAUCAGAA